CUCUACGAGAAGCGCUGUCCUAGCACCUUCCAAUAUCGCAACUCCCAAAUCCGACCGUUCAUCUUGAUUCCGCGCACUGAGCCGCCAUCUCCCCUUCUCCUCGAAUUCCCAGUCUCGACCUCCACCGACAUAGCAGAGCGUUAAAUUCCCGCUCUUUGCGUUCUGGCAUAUUUUUUUGUUUUGUUUUGUUCUUCUCACUCCUCACUACACAAGUCGACUCGCCCUGCCUUCGCCCGAGUCGUAGCCAGCCUCGAAAAGCCGUUGCCUUACUGCCCCGGGGGUAUACUAGCAUGGAGCAUACCCGUGUGUAAACACUCCCGCCGCUUACAGCGAUCGCAGCCUCCGAGGGCGGCCUGUACGCACACAGCUGCACCAGCGCCACUACCAUACCACCGCCAUCAUGUGCAAGCGACCGGAUUUUCCGGCGGACAUCACGGGCGACGACGCCAUAGCUCUCGACUUCCCCCCGCACUCACAGUCCGGCUGGCCCUCAGCCGGCCGUGCCGCCGCGGCUUCCCCGCACCUCACCGCACCGCACCUCUCAAUGCCGCCCUUCACCCUGCACUAUCCCGCCGCCUCUCCCGCCGCCGCCGCCGCGUCGCACGCCGCCGGAGGUGCGCCGCACCACCUGGAUUGGCUGGCGUGCGGCCCGACUGGGUUCCUGUCCCCUGUCAGCCUCCUCCCCUCGUUUCCCUCCCCUGGCCCGCUACUCGUCCCGCCGCCUCUCGUGGACGCGUCCAACCCCGCCAGCGACAUCACCGCGCGCCUCUCCGCAUCGCACGGCCUUCACAGCCCGCGCGGCGCCGCCUGGACUUCCGCCGCCAAACCCGCCGCCCUGCGCAGGAUCGUAUCCAACCGAGCGUCGGCGAAGCGGUCGCGGCAGCGGCGGCAGCAGCGGCUGGAGGAGUUGGAGGUGAUGGCGGCGCACCUGCAGGUGGAUGGCGCCGCCGCGCGCAAGGGGCUGGCGGACGCCACGGCGCAGCUGACGGCGCUGCAGGGCGAGCAGAAAGCGCUGCUAGAGCAGGUGGCGCACCUGCAGAUGCUGCUGCAGCAGGCUACAGGGCGGUGAAGGCGGUGAAAGGGGAUGCAGGGCGGUGCUGCACACAAGGGGAUGGCGAACGCCACCGUGCAG